AUGAUUUACCCAUCGACUCUACCAUCCGUUGCCGUUUCUGCCCUGGCAAUCAAUGAGGUUGAGAGCAUGUUGCAUUUAAAAUUCACCACCAAAAAUGACGAGCUUAAAUUCCUUUAUACAGCGACCGUUGGCUGCUAUGGAUGGGCCGUGGCAGGGAACAGCUUCACAGGCGACACGUCCUACGACGAUCGCAUCUGUGCUUAG